AAUAAAGAUAGCAAGAGGUUGAGGGACAAAUGUAUCAGAGGCAUCUAAAUGGUCUUGGAGAACAAAGGCCACUAUAGCAGUGUAUUCGAACUCAUAUAUACAUUGCUUACUAGGUAAACUCACAUCUGACAGUUCAAAGAAAACUUCAAAAGUAAAUAGUAGCAACUUCUCUUGAAAAUGAACAAAAUUUGGCAUUGUUGUGUUAUCAAGUAUCUGCAGAAAAAGGUUUUAACCCCCAAGAGCAUUCAUACUGAUAUGAUUACUGCAUUAAGAGAUGGCACUCCAGCUUUAUCAACAGUGGAUAAGUGGGCAGUUGAACUUAGGAAGGGAAGGAAGAAUCUUGAAGAUGAUCCAAGGUCUGGGAGUCCUACACCAGCUACCACUGAGGAAAACACUGAUCAUGUUCACCACAUGGUAGGGAUGACAGAUUUCACAUGCAGUUUUCAAACAGAAAGAAAUUCUAAGUUGGAAGGAUCUCACAAGAGAGAUGACUUACAAGAAACAAAGAAAAAGAGGGAGAAAAAGGCACAAGGCCCGAAAUUUUGGGAGAGGCGGCCAGUCGAUUAGAUCAACCCCUGUGCAUAACUGGCACUUAAUUUAUUGACCUUGAAAG